CCGGCAGCACGCAGCCGCAGCGCCGGCGGCGGAAGCGGCGGAAGCGGCCGCGGUUGUCCCGGUAACCAACGCCGGGGCCUGCGGGGCCAUGGGCGAGCUGGGCCCGGACGAAGGGGCCGAGAACACGUACAGCCUGCGGCCCGGCCUGCAGCACCGGUUUAAGUCGUCCACAGUAAAAGAAUGCAUCCGUGCAAUACUGAAGGAGAAGCUGGCCGAUGUACAGUACAUCCCAGAAGAAAUGCCUGAGCUUACAAAGUCUUUAUCAGACACAAUAAAAGACAGACUGAAAGAGGAGGGAUUUGACAGGUACAAGAUGGUGGUGCAGGUUGUUAUUGGAGAGCAGAGAGGAGAAGGAGUGAACAUGGCUGCGCGAUGCUUCUGGGAUGCUGACACUGACAGCUGUGCUCACGACGUGUUCAUGAACAUACCUGUGGGUGUGUGGAUGAAGGAAGUUGAGAUGCUUCUGGUAUUCAGAUGCACUGACCUGGGUUGCACCACAAGUGAGGACAGCUUGUUUUGUGUUGUGGCUGCAUUUGGCUGCUUCUACUAUUGAAGCUGACAAACAUUGCACAGGAGGAUGGAUGUUGGGGAGAAUGCUUUGGAGUAUUUUUUAUUUAAGUGCACAAAAGCAUCAUAUUCUUCCUUUAGUACAUAACACAAUUAACAGCUCUACAAAGUACGUCCUACAUCUGUUCUACACACUACAACAUUCCCUCUUCCUUGUGGAUAUUGAUAUAGCUUUAAGCACAAUAUUAAUAUUAUUAUUAUUAUUAUGUCCUUUAUUUAAAUGACACUUUGUUUUUUAUAUAGUGUUGGUUUUGUCCUAAAAGUGUAUUGCCAAUAGCCAUUGCUUCUAAGGCAAACUCAACUCCUGUCUCAAAAGGGUUCUGUUACUUUUAUUUUUAUUUCUAUGAAAUUAAUGAAAUAUUUAUAAGAAAAAAACAUAAUAAAUCAAAGUAUUUAAUA